AUGAGCAAUGUGCUCCCGAUGGUAUGGCGUGGCUCAUGCCCUCUAGGCCUGCGAACUUGCUCGCGAUUGCUACCUGCGACGAAUCUACGGAACUCGAUAUUGUCACAACAAGUCACAUAUAGCAGCACAUUGUCAUCAUUUACACACUAUGUGCAGCACUCACAGAAAUGGCGUCAGGCGCCAUCUACGUGGCACACCCGUACUGCAAUCGAAUCACCCGCGACGAUAUUUCGAAGGUCCGCAAAUACAGAUGCCAAACCCGAGACUCCAACCGAACGGGGAAUCACCCUCGAUCGCCAGCCUCUAUCAGCUAGCGAGAUGAAAAAAAUAUUUGGCUCGUCAAAAGUUACGGUUGAAACAGGGAACCGGAUUUUGUCUUUGCUUCAAGGUCGCCGAUUCGCAGGAACUCUGGAUAUGCCGUUUCCUCCCGACAUUACAAAAGCCGUUCGACCUAAGACGAUAGAAAAAGGGCUGCAUUGGCUACGAGAGAAUUAUUCAAUGGAUGAAGACGCAGCUAUAAUGGCUCGAAUUGAGCGCGAGGAAAAGGAAGAAGAAGAGAGGCUAUACCGGCAGGUGCAACAGUUAGGUCCCCAGAGUGGACACUGGGGUGCACGACUUGGCGAAGGAGAAGAUAUUUACGGGGAAAGCAUAAUAAAGAAGAAUCUUAAGCAGAAUGAGGCAAGGUUGCUUGCCGAGGAAGAGAAAGCGCGGCAAGAAUGGCUCGAGAGCGAGCUGAAGGAACAGGAGAAGAUGCAGAGUCAUAUCAAGAAAAACACCCAGCUCCAGAAGUACACUGAGGCUGCGGUUGUCGAGGCUCGCCCGCGUGCUGAUCCUAAAGAGCGUCCGUUCCUCGCAUGGGCUCAAAAACAUUACCUUCGAGCGGAGAACACUAACACUGACUUCAACACCAUAUCUACAGCCGGUCGAAUACUCCCAGCUCUCGGUGUAACGCUACUUACACUGGGUCUUUGUUACAUCUAUGCGGAUACAUACGUUCCACCGAAUAAUAGUACGCGGAUGUGGCCUGAUAUUCCGCCGGCUGCAGCUACAGUCUUUGCAAUCAUUGGCGUUAACGUGGCAGUAUAUUGCCUGUGGAAAAUCCCCCCUGCAUGGCGACUACUCAAUCGAUAUUUCAUCAGUGUUCCGCUAUAUCCAUAUGCACUGAGCGUCGUUGGUAGUGUUUUCAGUCACCAACAAUUUAAACACCUAGCCACGAAUACACUCAUUCUAUGGCUCAUUGGCUCGAGACUACACGAUGAAAUCCAACGUGGCAAUUUCCUAGCUGUCUACCUCUCAGCUGGCGUAUUUGGAUCAAUAACAUCGCUGACAGCCCACGUCUUGCUGGGGAAGCUAACCAUAACAUCCCUCGGUGCUAGCGGCGCGAUUGCUGGGCUAGUGGGAAGCUGGUGUAUGCUUCAUGCAGAUCACAAAUUAGUUCCCAGCUUCCUCCCCCACGAGUGGCGAGAAUAUGUCGCCGUAAACGGAUCUACAGUAUUAGCAGGAAUCGUCGCCUUUGAGAUUCUGAGCCUUAUAUCACCCUUCAAGGUCGCCAAGCUUGAUCACUGGGCUCAUCUUGGCGGCUAUUUUGCUGGUGCAGUGUGGGCCACUUUGUACAAAUCCAAGUUGGAGAAGGAGAAGAGGAGGCGACGCGAGGCACGUGGCUGGUUAGACCGUUUUGCGCCAAGCUCAUAA